AUGGCAACCAUCGGCCAUAGCCCAACCCUCUGCGGGGUUCUCUCCGAAACCAAGCUCACAAUACGGGCCAAUUCCCGCCAUUUCUUAGCCCUUUCAAUUCUCUUCCUCCUCCCCCUCUCUUUUGCCUCCAUCCUAUACCCAUCUCUCAUAACAACCCUCUCUACUACCAACUUCAUUACUUCCCACUACCACCAAAAUUCCCGUCUCCUUAUCACUCUUCUAUACAUGCUUUUUGUGUUCCUUUUCUCCAUUUUCGCCACUGCCUCAAUUUCCUAUAGUACUUUCCACGGAUUCUAUAAUAGAUCCGUCAGCUUCAUCUCCUCUAUAAAAUCCAUCUUGUUUUCAAUUUUUCCUCUCCUUUUGACUGUUCUGGCUUCCCAGUUCAUAUUGAUUUUCAUUUUCGUUAUUUUCGGCCUUUUGGGGGCUUUAUUGUAUGAAGGGCUCCUGACUUUCGGAGUCGAUGUCGAUUAUGGAUCGAAUUAUUUGCUGGGUUUUGUUAUUUGUAUGACGAUUUUGAUUCUGGUGGUGACAAUUUACAUGCAAGUAGAAUGGUCGUUGGCGUAUGUGGUGGCGGUGGUGGAAUCCAAAUGGGGUUUUGCACCCUUGAAGAGGAGUGCUUAUUUAAUCAAUGGGAUGAAAUGGAUUGCUCUAUCAAUAAUGUUAUACUAUGGGAUAUUGACUGGGGUUUUAACAAUUUCGUGUUCGACAUUGCUCGUAUAUUUAGGUGGCAUUAAUGGAGGCUGGGCAGCCAUUCUUGAGAUAGUUUUAUGCUCAGUUCUUCUGACAAUGAUGAUGCUUAGCUACGUCGCUGCCUACACAGUGUUGUAUAUCUAUUGCAAGGUUUUACAUGGGGAAAUGGCAUUUGAUAUUGCAGAUGAGUCUGCAGAAGAUUAUGUUAGCUUGCCUGUUGAUGAUGGGAAAGUUUGA